CGUCAGCCCUCAAAAGUGAAAACUAAAGGGAAACAGCGUCACAUCAACGUUAAGAUUCCAGACAGCAGGUCAGCCCAAGGAGCACAGGAGUUCUUUAUUCACUGCUGCAGAAUCAAAAGGUCAACCCGACUGUUUGUUGUUGACAGAAGACUCACGACUGAGUUGACAAACUUGACAAUGGCACACUACAAAUUCUUUAUCGUUUUCCUAAUGUUUCUGUCCAACCUGGCUGUGGCGCUCACAGAGAGCACUGUGUCCUGCUACAGGUUCGAGCCGGGGACAAUAGCAGGCAUCAUCUGUGCAGAUGUGCUGCUGACCCUUAUCAUUGUCAUUGUCACCUACCGAUGUGCCAGUUUAAGGCGUCAGAAGAUAGAAAAUGCUAAUAAAGUGUAUAUGAAUGUGCGGGCCAACUGCAAGAGCUAAUCUAAAGAUGAUGCUGUACAUUAUAAAAUUGUGUCCAUUUUUUUAAGAUCCUGUUUUGUAAAAAAAAAAAAGGAUUACAAAAUUGUCUAAAAGAUUAAUUGAUUUUUUUUACAUUAAACCUUUGUUGCAAUAAACACAAGUAGAGUGUCUUGCACAUAUUACAUUUCUGCUUGGCAUUACAAUGUGGUUUGUGGUCUCGAUCUAUUUGCUUGGAGUCAUUUUGCAACACCUAAUAAUCAAGAGGUGUGUCAGACUGUCAAGUUCCCCAACCUUGUAAAUAUAAAUCUCUGAAUGCUUUCAAGUUUAAUGUAAUGUUGGAACUGUAACACCACCAUACAGCACCAUCUGCAGUUGACUUUCGGUAGCACAAUGCUGUAUUUCAAUAGGCCCAAAAGAUUUUAUGUAGAAAUAUUUUCAUUAUCAAAGGCUGCAUUGAUGCGAGUGAUUUCCAAAAUUAGAAGACAGACCCAGUGAUUUUACAUGGAUGUUUUACAGUGCAGCAUCUGACAAACCACUGAAUUUAUUAUGUAUAAAAUAAAUGUUUGAAAAACAUGUCAAGUACAUGGUACUUCCGUGUCUGGUAAGAUUUUUAUGAAUGGACAUUCAAUAGAUACUAUUUCGUGCAUCUGUGUGUGGUUCACAUGUUUAUUUUAUGGGCAGGUUAUCUCAAUCUUAUUAUUAUUCUCUUAUUGUUAUUCUCAUCUGUUUUAUCAUGGAGGUGCCAUCUGAGCAGUGUGACCUGAUUAUAUUUGGGGCGAAGAUGUUAAAUUUCCCAGUGUGUGGAAGUGAUACUGUGGUUAAACAGCUGUCUGCCAUUUCAGUCACAAAGAACAUGUUAACCAAACCCAAUUCCACAUCUAUUCAAUAUCUGUUUGAUUUUCUUGUCUAAGAGUUCGCUGUGUUUUUCUAGUAUAUGCAGCGGAAACACUUUCAGAUAAAUAACCCUAAGUGUUUUUUUCAAGAGGAAUUGGAUUGGAAGGUUCAUAGCUAAUCUGUCUCUUCUCACUUUACAACAUAUUGGAAGUUGUUGCAGUUUGGUUGUGCAUGAGAAAUCUCCCUUAGCUUGUAAUUGUUUAGAGUUAACAAUUGGUCUUGAGGGCAGCUUUUGACAGCAUUGCACUGCAGUUGGCAUCUUAAAUCUUAAUCUUUAAAUCUUAAAUCUCUUUUCUCCUGUUCUGUCAUCAACCCCAAUAAUCUAAAUACCUCAAGGUUCAAUUCUUUGCAAUUUCUUUGCUCAAUGCUUUCAUUGUACAUCCCUGUCUUUCCCUGUUUUGUUGAUGGCACUGACACCUACCGUUUAUCUCCCUGUGAAAUCCAGAAAUUGCACCUCACCUGCUUGGUUUUCUAAUUGAUACUAAACUACUGUUCUUCAACUCUGUAGUUAAAGUGACAGGCAAAAAAACUGAACUGUGGUGUUGUAAUUCUGAUUAAGUCAACAUUACUUCUUCAUUACUUCAUUAUGUUCAUGGUCCUUCAGAUAAAGUUCUAAUCUGGUCCAGCUUUAACAUCGAUAAAUAAGAUAUUAUUUAUGGUGCCAAAUUGUAGCAACUGUUGUUGGAAUUCCCUCAAAUAAAACAUUUUUGUCAAGACAUUUCAGGUUUACAGACACUUAGGAGUAAGUAAAAAGAUAAAUUCAUAAAUAUCCUACUUAGGUUGACACUGUUCUCAGGCCAUACUGUUUAAGUACCUUAUGGUGUUGUGAAUAAAGCAACUGUUAAAAUG